AUGUCUGCGAACAUUCGAGAGCAAGUCACCAAACAAAUCACAGAAUCGGAAAAUGAACAAGCAUUCCUACCCAGUGAUCUGAAGGGAAAGGGCGAGCUUCAAAGUGAUAAUCCCUAUGAACAGCUUGUACAUGGUGCUGAAUUUGCAGAGGAAGAUGAAGAAGAUACAGAUUACAUUUCGGGCGAUAUUGCAGAAGAGAAGGCUGAAGAUGCUCGGGAUCAAAUCAUUCCUUCGGAUGAUGAAGAUGAGGAAUUUGAUUUGAAACAACAAAAGAAGGAUGAAGGAGGUGGAGACGACGAAUUUGAGGAACCCGAAGAAGAGGAGUUUGAUGAAGGAGCGGACGAGGAUCAAGAGGAAGUUGAAUUAGAAGAGGAAGAAGACACAUAUGAAUUGUACACAGAUCUUACAAAACCAGUGUCUCAGGUUUGUCAAGAAUUGGCCAAUAAGGCUUCUAAUGAAAGUGGAGGAGGUGCACAGACAUUAUUGUUGGGAUCAACCGAAUCACCAACACCACCGAGCAGUACAGUCCUCACACCACCAACCGAUCCUACCUUGAUGCAUGCACAGCUUCAUGCGAAUUUCAUAGUGAAACAAGGAGAAGAGGAUAAAGAGGCUCAUACCGACACUGCAUCUCCACAAUUGCUCCAUAAGAGAAAGAUUGGUACUGACGAAGAGCAUCGUUCGGCGCACGAUGAUCCAACCAAGAAAAUAAAGCUUGAUUGA